CAGUCAUGUUCCGCGCCCGUUCUGGCCGUCGCCACUUUGAGAAACCUUGUCUGUGCAUGCACCAAUGCGCUAUUUGAAUGAUCUGCCUGCGCUGAACUUUUCACAUACCGAAAGCAACAUUUUCCUGCUCGCGGCCUUCGCCUCUUCGUCAUGGUCCUUGCUGAUGUUACUCGCAAUACGGUUGCCUGCUAUACCGCGUGCGCGUGCUGGUCGCUCCCUACGCGACUGCGACACAGUCUCCGGCCCUUUCAACAUCGUACUUUCCAAGAACGCAAAUACUCUCUGUCCCGCCGACGUCGUAACAGUAGGUGUUCAACCCGAAUAUGGCAUCUUUAUAGCACUGGUCGAUCUGAAACUCACCCACUCACGGUUGCAGUGAAAUGCCGCAGUCCACGAGUGAUCUUCGUGGUGGGCACCCGCCAUUGCUAUCAAUGGGCAUAAUAUCACGGACUACGGCUCUACACACUCUUCUGAGACAUCCGCGCCACCGCCUAGAUGCUAUCACAGAUGAGCCUGCUUCUCUUCCGAGUCAUGUCGCGCUUUCGGUGGAAAUUUUGUCCAGAUCCAUUUCAUCAAUCCCCUCCC